UCUCUCUCUCUAACAACUGAUAAUCAAAAAGGUUUGUUGAGACAAAUCGACAGAUAUGGAAAAAGUGAGAGAGAUUGUGAGAGAAGGGAGAAGAGUGGCAAAAGAAGACCCGAGGAGAGUUGUUCACUCGUUUAAAGUUGGUCUGGUUCUUGCCUUAGUCUCUUCUUUCUAUUAUUACCAACCUCUCUACGACAGCUUCGGUGUUAAUGCAAUGUGGGCUGUUAUGACGGUUGUUGUUGUCUUCGAGUUCUCUGUUGGGGCCACGCUUGGUAAAGGACUUAACAGAGUGGCGGCAACACUAUUCGCCGGAGGGCUUGGUAUCGGAGCUCAUCACUUGGCUAGCAUGUCCGGUGCAACAGGAGAACCCAUUCUUCUCGCAAUCUUUGUCUUUGUACAAGCUGCGUUGUCAACGUUUGUGAGGUUCUUCCCACGGGUGAAGGCGAGAUACGAUUACAGUCUAUUGAUAUUCAUACUCACCUUUGCGUUGAUAUCAGUGUCGGGGUUUAGAGAAGAACAGGUUCUAAUGCUGACCCAUAAGAGAAUCUCAACAGUGAUCAUCGGAGGACUUAGUUGUGUCCUGAUCUCCAUCUUUGUCUGUCCUGUUUGGGCUGGCCAAGAUCUUCAUUCACUCCUAGCCUCUAACUUAGAGAAACUUUCCUUUUUCUUGUUAGGUUUUGGGGACAAGUAUUGUGAAGCUGUAGGAAAUGAUGACACCAAAGAGGUUGACAAACGAAAAAAUGAUUUUGACAACUAUAAAAGUGUUCUCAACUCAAAAAGCAAUGAAGAAUCUUUGGCUAAUUUUGCAAAAUGGGAACCUGGUCACGGCCAAUUCAGAUUCCGACACCCUUGGAAACAAUAUCUAGCUCUUGGUGAACUAAUCCGACAAUGUGCUUACCGUAUCCAUGCUCUCAAUUCAUAUCUUAAUGAUGAUACUAAGGUAUCAAUUGAUAUAAAAAAGAAACUACGAGAACCAUUGAGAAGAAUGAGUUUGGAAUCUGGCAAAGCGAUGAAAGAAAUGUCAAUGUCGUUAAAGAACAUGACCAAACCAUCUUCUUGUGAACUCCAUGUUCAAAACGCACGAUCUGCAUGCAAAUCUCUUACCAACUUGCUUAAUUCAGGCAUCUUGAAAGAAGUUGAGCCACUAGAACUGAUCUCACUUCUGACCGCGAUCUCUUUACUCAUCGAUAUCAUUAAUCUGACUGAGAAAAUCUUGGAAUCCUUACAUGAACUAGCAUCCGCUGCAAAGUUUAAGAACAAGAUUGAACGACCUAAUUUGUUACCCGAGAAAACAAGUGCCAAAAGUAUUGUUAGUGUCCGGCCGAUCAAAUGUCAUGAUGAUGAUCAUGUGAUCACAAUUAUUGAAGAUGAUGGUAAUGAUGAUGACACAUCAAAAAAUGAUAGUCGCAAGAUGAAAGAGGUUUCGAACCAUGGGGAAACAUGAAGACGUUGGUGAUACACAUGUACACCCAAGAUGUGUUUCAUGUGGUCACACAUGUCUUUGUGAUGUUGUAGAAUGUAGA